AUGGAAAAAAUUUGUGUCAAAAGCUCCACAGCAUCAGGCGCCGGGCUCUAUGGCUACUGGUCCGGCGGCUGGCGCUUCGUCUCCUCCCCGGUGCCGGGCUUGGAACGACAUCUGACGGAUCUGCACUGGCGCCCGCCGCGACGGCCAGGUGUACUGCAGAUGGGCAUUCCCAACCGCUCCGCGGCUGAUGAACAGGAGAUGCUGUAG